AUGGUAGUCGAGGAAAUGAUGGCUAUGUUCUUGCAUAUCCUUGCAUUUGAGGAGAAAAAUAGAGAGAUUAAAUAUGAUUUUCAGAGAUCGAGAGAAACAAUUAGUAGGCAUUCUCAUGAUGUUUUAAGAGCAGUACUUAAACUUUCGAGAGUUUUACUCAAGAAACCCGAGCCGAUUCCUGAGGAUAGUACUGAUGAAAGGUGGAAGUGGUUUAAGAAUUGCAUUGGCGCUUUAGAUGGGACUUUAAUUGAUGUGACUGUUCCUGUUGAUGAUAAAUCAAGAUAUAGGUCAAGAAAAAAUACUAUUUCUACCAAUGUUUUAGGUGCAUGUGCACCAGAUUUGCAAUUUAUAUAUGUGCUAGCUGGUUGGGAAGGUUCUGCGGCCGAUGGAAGAGUACUUCGAAGUGCUUUAGAGAGAGAUAACGGGUUGAAAGUUCCUAGGGGUAAUUAUUAUCUAGCUGAUUUGGGGUAUAAACAUUGUGAAGGCUUCCUUGUCCCAUAUAGAAAUAUACGUUAUCAUGAAUGGAGAAGGGGAAAUGAGCAACCAAAUUCAAAAGAAGAGUUAUACAACAUGAAGCAUGCUUCAGCUAGAAAAUGCGAUGGGGAGCUCUUUCUAAAGGCACAAAGUACCCCCUCAACACUCAAAUAG